AUGAUAUAUAGAGCAACAAGUCCAUUGUUAUUAGAACCUGACUGGGAAGCUGUUUUACAGUUGUGCGAUAUUGUUAAAUCUAGUGAAGUAACGCCAAAAUAUACUGUGCAAACAAUCAAAAAGAAGUUUAAUAGUGACAAUGGACACGUUGUAUUAAGAUCAUUACAAUGUUUGGAAUCAGUUGUAAAAAAUUGUGGCUCACAUAUUCAUCAAGAAUGUGCUAAUCGAGAUUUUGUUGAUGCAUUAAGAGAAUUGGCUAAAAAUGGGCCAGAACCAGUGCGAGAUAAAGUGUGUGAACUUAUUCAAUGCUGGUCACAUGGACUUGGUCAACAAUAUCAAAUAUUUACAGAUACUUAUAAUUUGAUGAAAUUAGAAAGUUAUCGUUUUCCAGCGUUAAAAGAAUCGGAAGCAUUUUUUGAAAGUGAAGUAGCUCCUGAAUGGAAAGAAGCAAAUCAAUGUUUUCGUUGUCGUACAAAUUUUACAACGUUUAAUAGAAAACAUCAUUGCCGAAAUUGUGGAGAGACAUUCUGUCAAGCAUGUUCAUCUAAACAAUGUCCGAUUCCCAAAUAUGGAAUAGAUAAAGAUGUGCGUGUUUGCGUAGCUUGCUACGAUAAACUAAUGGGUAAUACAACCCUUAGUGAGUUUGGAGUAUCAAUGACAAAUCCGACGGCAAACACUUCCACAACAACUACAGGAAUAUUUAAACCAUCAAAUUCAGCUACCUCCGCACCAACAGUUACAUCACAGACAAAAAGUCAAGCCGAAUUAGAAGAAGAAGAAGCAUUUCAAUUAGCUUUAGCUAUAUCGCAAAGUGAAGCAGAUGAAAAAGAACGACAAAAGAAAAUGUUAACCCAGAAAUACGCCUUAGCAACGGUGGAUAACAAUACAUCAAUAUCCACACCAUUGACAGCAACGGUUUCGGUUCCUGUUGCACGACAAUAUAACUCCGAUGAAACAGAUCAGUUUGCUGGUGGGGAAUUAUCAAAAUAUUUAGAACGAUCUUAUUGGGAACAAAAACAGCAGACAAACAAUUUAGUAGAAUCGAAUGCAACUAUUACUGGUAAUCCACCCGUAUCAUCGACAUCUACCAUCUCAGCAACGAGAACAUCUUCACUGCAUGAUAGAUUUCCAAACGAGCAUGAUAAGGCAACAACAAAUCUGUCUGAUUCAACUGAUCAUUUUGUUAGUAACAACGAAAUCGAUGGUUUUGUCGAUUUGGUUACGCAACAUAUCAAUAACUUUAAAUUUCGAAUGUUAAGUAAUCAACAGCGUAGCAGAAACAUAUCAAAUGAUACAGCAGUUCAAUCAGUAUUUCUUAUAUUACAACAUUUUCAUCCAGAAUUAAGUCGCUUUAUGCAAUUACUAGAGAAUAAACGAGGUUAUUAUGAACAUUUGCAAGAUAAAUUAAAUCAAUUGAAAGAUGCCCGUGAAGCUCUGAAUGCUUUACGCUUGGAACAUUAUGAGCGGAAGCAACGUGAAGCAAUGGAACGUGAACGUCAACGACAAAUGCAAUUAGCACAUAAAUUAGAUAUAAUGAGACAAAAGAAACAAGAGUAUCUCGAAUAUCAACGACAACUACAUUUACAACGUUUGGCUGAACAAGAACGAGAAAUGCAAGUGCGCUUAGAACAACAACGUCAGUUGAUACUAGCACGAGAACAACAAUCACAGAACUCACGUUUAGUUGCAUCCGGUCAAACAUUAACAACGGCGCCGUAUGAUUAUGGAGCACAACACUUAUCAACAGGAAUACAAUCGCAUCAGCAAUUUAAUAAUUAUCAAAAUCCUGUGCUAAUGCCGAUGUAUGAUCCAACUAUACCGCCUCAGACACAAUAUCCAGUUUAUUCUCAGUCUCAUUUGCCAUCAAUGCCACUAUAUGAAUAUCAAGUAUCAUCACAACAGCAUCAUCAAAUUAACGCACAACAAGCAUUAAACUCUUAUGUAGCUCCAACUGAUAAUAAUUCCAACGUGAUUCCAACAAUGCGUCAUAUAACAUUUUUAAACAGUAAAAAGAUGUCUGAUACUCAAGAACAACAGGCUCAACGUCUACAACAAGACGACCGAACAUCUCAAGGUCUACAACAAGACGACCAAACAUCUCAACGAAAUGCUCAACAACCGCUAGAUAGACAUUUAUCUCAAGCUAAAAAUGAACAUAGCAAUGGUACAAAUGUGAAUGCUGGUAUUGAUUCAACAUGUCAUGGUAAUAAGGCUGCAGAAAAAUCAACAAAUGAGAAUGGUAAAUAA